AGACAAAUAGAGGGGUGACCUGCUAAGUGUCAAGUGAGCUCCUAUGGCAAACUCAGAGACAGGAGCGAGCACCAGCAACCCAUUCGGAGGUGAGUAUCAGGUGUUCCUGAGUUUUAGAGGGCCCGACACUCGUCGGGGAUUCACCAAUAGCCUCUACCACGCCUUGGUAGAUGUAGGGAUUCGCGUUUUUAUGGAUGACGAAGAGCUUCGACCAGGAGAAAGAAUUAGUGGCAACCUUCUGCAAGCAAUCGACGACUCCAAGCUUUACAUACCCAUUUUCUCCAAACAUUAUGCUUCGAGUCACUGGUGCCUCCGCGAGCUUGCAAAGAUGGUGGAGAACACCUCUAAAUCUAAAGAAGAGGGGAAUGAGAAGGUGAUAUUGCCCAUCUUUUAUGACGUGAAACCUGCUGAUGUGAAGCUGAGAACCUCGUUGUACCACGAUACCAUACUUAAUUUGGAGCAAAAGAUGGAGGAUCAGAAGAAGUUCAGCUCCGAAGACAUAGAGACAUGGCGUCAGGCACUCAGCGAAGUUGAUGGCACCAAGGGGUGGGAGCUGAAUAAAUAUCCGGGCGAGGGGGAUCUUAUCGAGGCUGUUGUCAACGAGGUUGUGGUUAGACUCAAGACAAGACAAAGAAAAGUGACUGGAGAUUUAGUUGGAAUGGAGGAUCGAGUAGAAGCCAUAAACAGUUCACUAGACAUCCAAUCCGGUGGUGCACGGCUCAUCGCAGUUUACGGGAUGGGCGGCAUCGGUAAAUCAACACUUGCCAAGAUCAUCUACAACCAAUUAUGUCCUCGCUUUGGGAAAAACUGCAGCUUUCUCGAUGGCGUAAGGGAAAUGGCAAAAACCAAGGGCUUGGUGAAGCUGCAAGAACAAUUGCUGUCCGAUAUCUCUAAUUCCAGAGUGGCUCGCAACAUUGAUAACAUUGAUCAUGGGAUCAAUACGAUUAGAGAAACGAUUAGCAACAAGAAGGUACUAGUUGUAUUGGAUGAUGUUGAUGAGGGAAACCAAAUCGAAUACCUCAUUGGAAUUAAUUCUUUGUACCCUGGCACUAGGAUACUUGUUACCACUAGGGACAAAAGUGUUCUGAAAAUCAGAGGGUUGAAGUAUGAAAUCGUGCCUUAUGAAAUGGAGGUGUUGAGUGACAAAGAUGCGCUUCAACUUUUCAGCAGGCAUGCCUUCGAUGCCGACUUUCCUCCGGCCGAUUAUGAUACUUUGUCAAAAGACAUCGUCUCUACAACGGGUGGACUACCUUCAGCUCUUCGAGCAAUAGGUUCAUUGCUUUUUCUUCAGCAAGAGAAAAAAAUAUGGCAAGAGAUGCUAGAGAAGCUAAGGAAAACACCCAAUAGUGAUGUCUCAGGAAAGCUAAGGAUUACCUAUGAUGCCUUAGAAACGGAUCAACAACAGAUAUUUCUUGACGUUGCGUGCUUUUUCAUCGGUAAAGAUAAGACUAAUCCAGCCUUUGCAUGGAAAGAUUGUGGGUUUAGCCCGGAAUAUGCUAUUGAUGUCCUUAGUAACAGAUGCACAAUAAAGGUUUUAGAUGAUAAUACCUUAUGGGUACAUGAUCAGUUUAGAGAUCUUGGAAGGGCAAUUGCUAAUCAAGAGCGUUCCAGGUUAUGGGCUACAGAAGACAUCAUUCGCGAAAUAAGAUCAACAGAGAACAAGACAAGCGUUCAAGCACUGGAUUUGACAAAUUGGUCAUGGACUGAUGACGACAUGACCAUCACCGCGGAGCAACUUAAACGGUUCCCAAAUCUUCGGAUGCUGUGGUUGCACAACAUAACCUGCCAAGGUGACUUUGCUGGCUGUCUUUCCGAGUUGAAAUGGAUCAGCUUGUUCUACCCUGAUGGAAGUUCUGAACGUCAUCCACGUUUUGAGGCAACCAAUUUGAAUCUAGAAAACGUGGUUGUGGGGAAUCUCGUUGGCCAUGGGUUCACGGAUGAUCAUGUCAGGAGCCUCAUCAAGGAGGGGAGGAAACUGAAGGUUCUCACUCUUGAAAAUAAUACGUCGAUAUACAGGACUCCGACAUUUUCCGAAUACUCGGCUUUACAGAAGUUAACUAUUUCUAAAUGUGCAUCUUUGAUGGAAAUUGACAGCUCUAUUGGAAAACUGUGGGGGCUGACUGAUUUGAGUAUUGAGUCAUGUCAAAAUCUUGGAAAAUUGCCUGAACAACUUGGAGAGCUAAGGAAUCUUCAGCACCUUUCUCUCAGAAACUGUGACAGCUUGAGCGAACUCCCCGAAUCGGUUUCGAAGUUAGCGUCAUUGAUGAAGUUGGAUGUAUCGCACACGCCUAUCAGGGGAUUGCCAGAUUCCAUUGGUAGACUACCAAGCCUGUCAUCUCUCAAUGCAUCAUCCACACCAAUUGUGGAAGUGCCCGGAACAAUGAGCGAGCUCGGUCGCCUCCAAACACUGGACUUAGAGCAUUGUCAUAAGAUCCAAGAGUUGCCGGAGCUUCCUAGCAGUUUGACCGCUCUACGGCUGAGAUCCAGUUCGUUGCAGACUGUCCCUAACCUCUCAAACCUUACUAAUCUAGUUGAACUGCUCCUAUCUGAUGGCUCUGAAUCUGACGCCACGUCAAAUAUAAUACAAAGUGGCGAUGACUUGCAGUGGAUUGGGAUGUUAUCCAAACUGAAGAAGCAGCAGCUGUGCCUUUUAAAUGUCCGUGCACCGCCGACAGGGUUGGGCGCCCUUUCUCUGCUGAAAGAACUUACUCUGUAUGGACUAGACUUCCAAUCCCUCGAACAACUUCCGUCAAACCUGACAGCUCUAGAGCUUGAUCGCACUCGGGUGAAACAGGUACAGCUCGAUGGGCUUCCUCAGUUGGAAACGUUGACUAUCAGAAGGUGUGAACUCGUCAAAAGAUUAUCGAUCCCAUCGAGUUUAAGAAAACUGAUAGAAGCUCAGGUGUCUUCUUGCACGGAGCUAGUCGAAGUUCGAUUUCUCGGUGUCUUAAUGUCGUUGGAGGGAUUAUGCAUUGAGGACUGUAAGUCUUUAGAGAGGUUGGUUAAUCUGUCGGACGAGCCAGGGCGCAACGAGCUACGAGCUCCCGAGUUGACCGAUGGUGGGAGGAGAGUGUCCCUUGUCUCCAGCUCCCUAAAGAUGCUUCAAGUAUUCCGGCUGUCGAGGUGCCCAGAGCUACAGGAGAUUCAUUUUGCCUCUACGCUCAAACCACUGGGAGUAUUCUCUGUCGAAGGGUGCACUGCACUAAAAAGGAUAGGCGGUCUGUCAAACUUGAAGAACUUGACGCGGUUCGGCCUUGUAGGGUGCGAGAGCCUGCAGGUUGUCGAGGGCAUGCACGAGUUAGAGCGUCUGGAGCAGCUGAAAGUUAAUAAUUGCAGAUCCAUGGAAAGGAUAGCUGAUGCGUCGAGCUCAAAAAUACCAAAGGGGUGCCAGAUACAGAUGAGCGAUUGCGGGGAGUUACUCGACACCGGUCCGGAUGGUUCAAGCAUCACUUGGGAGUCUUACAGAGAGAAGAUCCUGAAUGCACCAACAACACAAGCGUCGGACUCCGAAAUCGAAAUGACUUUCUACGACUGCGAAACAGAAACAGGGGAUCCUCUAUUGGAACAGCAAGAUGAUGGUAACGAGGAUGAGCAUGAGGACGAUGACGACGACAGGAAGGAUGACGAUGACGAGGACGAUGGCCGUGAGGAUGACGAGGACAACAAUCUGCAUGAGGGUUUGCAGUCAUCUCGCUGGCCUUCGCCAGUUUAUUCUGAGGACGAUAACAUUGAGAACAACAAUGUCAACGAGGAAGGUGAUGGCGACGGCAAUGGUAGUGGCAAUGACGACGAGGACAAGGAAGAGAGGGACGAUGAAGAAGCCGAAGAGGAGCAAAAUGACGGUGAUGACUUCGACGACAAUGAUUAUGGCUACGACAGGGAAGACAAUGCCAAUGAAGACCAAGAUGAGGGCGACUACAAUGACGAGGACGAUGACGGCGACUAGGACGACAAUGUGCAGGAGGUUCUGUAGCCGUCUCGUAGGCCUCUGUGGGUUCAUUCCUUUUCAGUAGUUCUAUUGUUAAUUCACUCCUUUUUUUUCUCCUCCAUAAAAUGACAAUGGUGUGCAAGUACCCUAUUUAUAUCACGAAUUUGAUUGGAUUUCACUAGUUAAUCUGUUCCGAUUCAGUAUAUGCAUCUCAUUAUGUCGAGAGGUCCCCUGUAGAUGCAUGCUUCAUGAAUCUGUCUUUGCU